AUGCCUCAGGAUAUGCCGCCCACGGGCGGCUACGAGCCAGUCCAAUACCGCCGAAAUCUGCCAGUCCGUGGCUUCAGACCUGCCUGGUACCUUGCGGCAGUCGCGGGAGUGAUGACAUAUGGUUUCUACAGAGUCGGGCAGGGCAUUAGAGAGCACAACGAACUUGCACGAGAGAAAAUGUGGUCGCGAAUCUACCUUAUCCCACUACUACAAGCCGAGGAGGACCGCGACGCAGUACGGAGGCACUACGCACGGGAGAAGAUGGAGCAGGAACUGCUUGGAAAGACUGCACCAGUAUACAACAAGGAUGUUUUCGUGCGACCGACAUACGCAGUAACACCGGCCAAUGUAACGAAGUAG